AUGAGCAGCAACACCCCGAGUGAAGACCUUCGGGAUGCCGUGUGCGACGGAGUGACGGAUCGCAUCGCAUCGUUGAUUGAAAGCGGCGCCGACGUCAACUUUAUCGACGAAGACUCUGGGUGGGCUCUUUUGCUGUGGGCUGUGAAAGCCCACCAAGUGGAGGCGCUGGAUCUACUGCUUCGUCAUGGCGCCAAUGUGAAUGUGGGCGAUUCGUCGGGGAACACGGCGCUCCACAAGGCGGCGUACUUGGGGUAUGGGGACUGCGUGAGUCUGCUGCUCCAGUAUGGCGCCGGGGCUAACAAUCCGAACAACAUGCAGCAGACGCCGCUCGACUUGGCCUCGCUCUUUGACAAGCCAGACAUGGUGGCGCUGUUGUCCAGGGUUGUGUCGUAA